CUCUAUAGCCGUCCAGAGGCAUCCAGUACGUUCUAUUCCCAACCCAACCCAUCUCGCAAUUCCCAAUCGCCGAACGAUCCCUUCCCUCGCCUCUGCCGCCGCCGUCUCGUCUCGUGCCGCCCCCUUCGCAAGCGGGACGGGAACCCCGCCCCGGGCGCGGCGCCAUGGACGCCAUCCGGAAGCAGCUCGACCAGCUCAUGGGCGCCAACCGCAACGGCGACGUGCGGGAGGUCAGCCGCAAGUACGACGACCGUGACGUCUGCCGCCUCUACCUCGCGGGCCUCUGCCCCCACGACCUCUUCCAGCUCACCAAGAUGGACAUGGGGCCGUGCCCGAAGCUGCACUCGCUGCAGCUGCGCAAAGAAUAUGAGGAAGCCAAAGCAAAAGGUACAGAUAACUAUGACCGUGAAUUGGAAGAAACAAUUGAAAGGCUAAUUGUUGAGUGUGAAAGGAAGAUUCAGAGAGCCCUUAAGCGUUUGGAGGAGGAAGAUGCAAAAGCAGCCAUUGCUAUUUCUGUCACAGAGGUUACACAGACUAAAGAAGUAAUGGAGUUAUCCAAACAAAUUAGGCAGAAGAUGAAGGAUAUCGAUGCUUUUGAUCUUGAGGGUAACACCGAGGGGAAAAUUCGGGCCACUGAAGAACUUGACAAGCUAAAAGAACAGAGAGCUGAAGAACAGGCAAAGAUGUUACUUGAGGCUUUCAACAAAGAUCGUGCUUCUUUAGUAAAUUCUCUUCAAAAUGCCACUCAAACAACUACACCUGUACCCCCUGCUGCUCCGGAUGCACGGACACAAGAAAUGAUAAAUGAGAAACUGAAAAAGGCAGAAGAACUAGGUGAGAAUGGGAUGAUUGAUGAAGCUCAAAAGUUGUUGGAUGAGGCAGAAGCUCUGAAGAAGCUGAGCGCGCGGCCACAGGCUGUUCCAGACACUUCAAAAAUAACAGCUCAUGUCCAGAUUACUGAUCAAAAGUUGCGCCUAUGUGACAUAUGUGGAGCAUUCUUGAGCGUAUAUGACAGUGACCGCCGUCUGGCAGAUCAUUUUGGAGGGAAACUUCAUAUGGGUUAUAUGCUCAUACGUGAGAGACUGUCUGAACUGCAGGAAGAAAAGAACAAAAAGUGGAAGGUAGACCGAGCUCAGUAUGACAAAAGGUCCAGGGAAAGGAGUGGGGAACGUGAGAGGGCUUCAAGCAGGGAUCGCCACAGAGGAGACCGCAGCAGCAGCCGUGACAGGGAUUAUGACCGCAGAAGAAGCCAUGAUCGCUACCAUGACAGGGAAAGGGAUAGAGAAUCGCGAUCUCGUAGUUAUGAUUCGAGGAGCCACCGCAGGUCACGUUCACGUUCACCAAGGGGAAGUUCUAGGGAUUAUGAUCGAUAUGGGCGUCACGAACGUCGAGAUCGGUACUAGAAGUAAGGAAACUUCGAAGCUUACAGUUUACCAUGCAUUCGUUCCCGGUGGGGAAUUCUAAGAGGAGGCUUAGUUGACUACCUUGUAACUGGAAGGCAUCAAACACUUUCUGGAAUAUACGCAUUGCACUAUGAACAAGGGAUAUGAUCUGACAUAAUCAUGUUAAUGUUAGCUGAAUGCUGUUACCGUGUAAACAGAAUCUGGUUCCGUUGUCAUGUUUUAGUGCGUACCCAUUAUGCUAAGCUGGCUUGGCCAAAUCUGUCAGCUAUUCAGCGUUGGUGA